AUGGGUGGUGAGAUGACACCAGGUCUAGAAGGGGUGGAGGGUAGGCUGAAGAAUCUGAAGCUCUCGGAGGCGGAGAAGAGGGGCAUCAAAAUUGGUAAGAAGCAGACCUGCUCCUCGAAGGUGAGCAUGUUUCAAGCAGUGGGUAAGCUCCUCUCAGAUAGGCCUGCAAAAGCAGAGUACGUGGGAAGAACAUUAGGAGGAGUUUGGAGCCCCUUUUCUGGUGUGGAUUGUAAAGACCUUGGCAGAAAUCGUUUCCUUUUCACAUUCCAUGAUGGAGCUAGUAAAGAUAGGGCUCUGAAUGAUAGACCAUGGAGGUUCAAUAAGGAUCUAUUGGUGAUGGAAGACUUUGUGCCAAGUAAAACCAUCGAUGAGUAUCAAUUCAAAAUGAUACCAAUCUGGGUGAGAGUCCAUGGCAUUCCCAUGGGCGUGAUGAGUAGAGAAACAGGGGAGUUGGUAGGAAAUAAGUUAGGGACCUUUUUGGAUGUUGACCUGGAUGAUAAUGGGUAUGCUAUUGGGCAGUUUAUCAGGAUAAAGGUGAGAAUGGACAUAACAAUACCAAUCAUGAGGUUCAGCACCUUAGAAAUGGAAGAUGAUGAAGAUCCGACACAUGAGGAAGCAAUGAGAGGAGAAGAAAAGGGAAAGGAAGAAGAGGAAGAGAAGCAAAAGCUCAUUUCAUUUGAAUAUGAACAUCUUCCAGAUUUCUGUUAUAAGUGUGGCAUUAUCGGUCAUACAGAAAAGAUAUGCCCAACAAGAAAAGGGGGACAAGAUGGGAGGCAAUUUGGUCCAUGGCUCCGAGCAAUGAGCUAUAAAAAUUACUCAAGUGAUGGGAAGAGCGGAAGCUCAAGUGACCAUGGAGGUUUUUGGACAAACAACACAGGAAGUAUGGGUAAUAAGCAAGGGAGUGAUGGACCGUCUUGGAGGAAGAGCUUGCCAAGCCAAAGGGAUGUAGGUAUGCCAUCAAAUGGGGAGGAAAAAGAAGCCAUGAGCCCUAUGAAAGUAAAUACAGAGGACCAGCUGGGGUCGAUGAGAGAAACUCCCGUCAACUUACUGGAUGACAAAGACAUUUUACAUCAAAGAGAGAAGGUGCAGAUUAGGGAAGAGAAUAACUCCCAAACGUCAGGAAAAAGUGUAAAACAGGGCACUUUCAAGAGAAUAGCAAGAGCAAAGGACAAACAACAACAACAACAAGCACAACCAUCCAAGAUUGAACAGAAGAAGAGGAACACUGACCUCAUGGGAGUGGACCUGGGGACAGGCCUAGUGAAAAAAUCCAGAUGGAAGUUGACGAGGAAGGAAACGGAAAAGGCAUAAAGGAAGAAAGCAAGAAAUCUGAAAUUGGGAGCGCCAGGCUGCAGGAACAGCCUGGCGAGACAAAAUGAAGAUAACGGCUUGGAACUGCCGGGGAUUGGGGAAUGGCCCGACAGUUCGGGGACUUCUGGACCUCCAGAAGCAGGUGGACCCUGAUGUACUAUUUCUAUCUGAGACAAAAAUGAGUGAAAACAGGAUGACUUGGUUCAAGAGUGUGAUGGGGAUGUCAAGCAUGAUUGUGAGGGACUGUGAAGGGAAAAGUGGUGGCCUGGCCCUAUUGUGGAAAAGACAUGUCAAAGUGGAACUCCACAAUUAUUCCAAAUAUCAUGUGGAUGUGCAAAUCAUCGAGGAAGACGGCUUUAAGUGGAGAUUCACUAGAAUUUAUGGAGAACUGGCAGCAGACAAAAAAGAGAGGACAUGGCGAUUGAUGAGAAUCCUCAACCAACAAAUGAAGCUCCCAUGGCUAUGUGCGGGGGACUUCAAUGAAGUGUUAUAUGGGCAUGAAAAAAAGGGAGGACCGCCACGCAGCCAAAAACAUAUGGAGAAGUUCAGGAUGGCGUUAGUUGAAUGUGGCCUACGUGAUCUAGGUUUUACCGGAGACAAAUUCACAUGGUGCAACAAUAGUCAUCAAGCUGGCCACUAUAUAAAAGAGAGACUAGACCGAGCAGUGGGGUCCAGGAGUUGGUGUGCUCGCUUUCCUGCCCAUAGAGUAAUUAACGGAGACCCGAGACACUCAGAUCAUAGACCAGUCACCAUUUUGAUUGAGGAGUCACAUAAAAUGCCUAGAAGUAUUAAUAGCAGAAAUGUUUUUAGAUUCGAAGCUAAGUGGCUGGAUGAGGAAGACUGUGAAGUCGUUGUUAAAAAUGCCUGGAACGCUUCGAACAUGCAAAAUGCGGGAAAUGGCAGUGUAUCGCAAGGGCUCCAAUAUGUGGCCAGGGAACUUAAAGAAUGGGAUGAAAAUUCGCUUGGGGACCUGCAUAAGAGAAUUAAAUUAGUGAAGCGGGAGCUAGAGGAAGUAAGAAGGGACGAAAUAAAUCAGGAAAGAGUAAACCGGGAACAUUUCUUAAAAGAAAAACUGAAUCGGUUAGAACAACAACAAGACACAACCUGGAAGCAACGAGCGCACGUCAAGUGGCUUCACUCGGGAGAUAAAAAUACAGCAUUUUUCCAUGCAUUUGCUUCAGAGAGGAAAAGGAGAAACACCAUCAAAAGGCUGAAGCGAGAUGAUGGAUCAUUGAUUGAUAAUGUUGAGCAGUUGAAGGAACACAUCGCUAACUAUUUUUUUAGCAUAUUUUCCUCGACAACGGGGCAAAAUAAUGAGGAGGUGCUUCGUGUGAUCCAGCCUAGAGUGACGAGCCAAAUGAAUGAAAUUCUCUGCUCAGAGUACAGUGAGGAAGAAGUAAAGAAUGCUCUUGACAGCAUAGGGGAUUUGAAGGCACCAGGGCCUGAUGGAAUGCCGGCAGUUUUCUUCAAAAAGUUCUGGAGCAUAGUGGGUGAUCAGGUAACGAAAGAGGUGCUCCACGUGCUAAGGGGGGGGCGACAUUCCAGAAGGCUGGAACAAUACGAUAAUUGUACUUAUCCCAAAUUCUGCAGCUCCGGAAAGUUUGAAGGAUCUGCGGCCCAUAAGCCUUUGCAAUGUGGUUUACAAGCUGAUAGCAAAGAAGAAAAGAAAUGGAGCCAAAGGAUAUGCAGUUACCAAACUUGACAUGAGUAAGGCGUACGAUCGGGUGGAGUGGAAAUUUCUUCGUGACAUGAUGUUGAAAAUGGGCUUUAAUAGAAGAUGGACGGAGCUAGUGAUGAAAUGUGUCACCACAGUUAAAUACCAAGUUAAGGUGAAUGGUGAUACAACAAAUACUAUCAUUCCAGAGCGAGGGCUUCGCCAAGAUGACUCUCUACUCCUCAUUGAAGCAAACACCAAUAGUGUACAUGAAAUGAACAGGAUCUUCAGUACGUAUGAAGCUUGCUCAGGUCAAGCCAUAAAUAAAGAGAAAUCUGCAAUCCUUUUCAGCAAGAACACGAAGCUGGAAGACAAAAGCGAGGUGAUGAACAAAUUGUGUAUCACUAAAGAGGGCUUUUCAGGUAAAUACUUGGGACUACCGGUAUACAUUGGCAAAUCCAAGACCAAGGCUUUCCACUACCUGAAAGAAAAGAUAUGGAGCAAAUUGCAAGGUUGGAAAGAAAAAAUGCUCUCAAAAGCUGGAAAGGAGAUUUUGAUCAAGGCGGCUGCGCAAGCAGUACCAGUCUAUGCAAUGGCAUGCUUCGACCUCACAAAAUCAUUGUGUGACGACAUCAAUGCAAUGAUAGCUCAGUAUUGGUGGAGCCAUAUGGGUAAAGAAAAUAAAAUUCAUUGGGUUAGCUGGGAAAAAAUGACAAAGCCUAAAAAGGAUGGUGGAUUGGGAUUUAGAGAUCUAUACUGUUUUAACCUUGCCAUGCUGGCGAGGCAAGCUUGGAGAAUUCUAAAGAAUCCCACAUCACUAUGUGCACAAGUCCUAGCGGCAAAAUACUUUCGAGAUCGAAACUUGCUGGAUGCCGAGGCAAGAAAUGGAAUAUCCUACUGUUGGAGGAGCAUCUUAAAAGGGGUACAGGUGCUAAAGAGCGGGGUGGUGUGGAGAGUAGGAGAUGGAGAAAGUAUAAAUAUUUGGACUGAUCAUUGGCUCCCAAAGGGAAAAUCAAGGCUGGUCAGUUCAAGGAGGGGAAAUCAAAUCAUAACAAAAGUCGCAGAGUUGAUUGACCCAUCCUCCUACACUUGGGAUGAGGAACUUGUACGACAAACCUUUAAUGAAGAAGAUGCCCGGGCAAUUCUUCAAAUCCCAAUACAUGAAGGGCAAGAGGACUAUGUGGCGUGGCAUUUUGACAAAAAAGGGAAGUUCUCAGUAAAAUCAGCAUAUCAAGUAGUGCUUGAGAGUCAAGCAAGGGAAUCAGAUAAAAGCAUCCCUUCUACUUCUUACUGCCCUGAGAGGAGCACAUUAGGCAUGUGGAAGAACCUAUGGGCCCUACCACUGGCAGGGAAAAUUUUACACUUUUUAUGGCGACUAGCAAACAAUAGCCUCCCGCUCAGAAUGAAGAUCAAGAGAAGAGGCAUAGAACUAGAUACAAGAUGCCCGGUAUGUCUUAGAAUGGAUGAAGAUGGGGGCCAUUGCUUUCUAAAGUGCAAAUCAGUUAAGGCUCUAUGGAGAGCAGCUCAACUGGAAGACACACGUGAAUUACUAGUUAACUGUCCAAAUGCUAAUUCUGUGAUGCAGGAAAUACUCAAACAGGAUGAAGAUACUUGCAUAAGGACAUGUGUUUUGCUAUGGACCUGGUGGGGUGAGAGAAACAAAGCAAAUCAGGGAAACAAGAUGCGAAGCCUAGAGGAGAUAUAUCACUCUUAUCAGC